UCAUCGGCGGCGGCCGCGCGCGGGGGCUCGGCUCUUCUGAGCGCGAGGACAGGACAGGCCAGUGGGGACGAAGAGGGGAGGGCUAGAGGCGCGCGUGCGUCACGCUCUAUCAGGGCGCGAGGACAGACAGACAGAGAGAAGGAAGACACGCUCGAAGAGCUGAGGUGCGUGCCUUCCUGCCUGCCUUGCGGUCUGUGGGACAAGGCGAAGGAGGAAGGAAAGAAGGACGGAAGGAAGGGGGAGGGGUGACAGAGACAGAAAGAAAGAGUGAGUGCUGCAAUAGCCAAUUAGAAGGCAGGGCUGAGGUGUUCCUUCACCAAUCGGGGCGGGGGGGCGUUGCCUGUGUGAGCGCGCCGGCCAAUCGCACGAGCGGCAUCCAGAGCCGCGCGCCAAUCGCUGGCCAGGAAACACCCGCGAGCGCGGAGCCGGGGAUGUCCUACAAGCCCAUCGCGCCCGCCCCCGCCAGCUCCGGAGCCGCCGGCACCAGCAGCAGCAGCAGCAGCGCCAGCCCCGCCCCCGGAGCCCCGCCGCUCGCCACGAGUGUCCCAUCUCCAUCUGGAUCUGUCCCUGGAGCAUCAGCCUCCUUCCGACCUCUCUUCAACGAUUUUGGCCCCCCAUCAAUGGGCUACGUGCAGGCUAUGAAGCCACCAGGUGCCCAAGGCUCCCAGAGCACGUACACAGACUUGCUUUCUGUCAUUGAGGAGAUGGGCAAGGAGAUCCGGCCCACCUAUGCAGGCAGCAAGAGUGCUAUGGAGCGGCUGAAACGAGGGAUCAUACAUGCUCGGGCUCUGGUAAGGGAGUGUCUAGCAGAGACAGAGCGUAAUGCCCGUACGUAACAGUUACUUCCUCUUGGCACUGCCCUGGGAGAGGAGGAUUUUGGCUCUUUCCUGCCGAUCCGCAUUUGGUUCUCCCCUGCCCUUUCAAAUCUUUCCAACCAAUCAGUGUCUCACUCCUAGGAUGGUGAUCACCUUCAAAGACCUUUAUGACAAUUGGCACCUGAAGCUUCUUCUAUUGCAUCACAGAACUUCCCACCAAUUAGCACUCUGGGAAUGGGUGCAGAAAGAGUUAAUUGCACACACCUUUCAGUCAACCAGUGAGAAUAAUGGCUGGUGGCAAGUCUUUAUAAAAUUUUCGGGAUUUUUUUAAUAAAAGAAAGGCUUUGGAAUUUGGA